AUGCGGUUUGCGUUAGGAGUCCAUGGUUAUGAGCAUCUUAGGGAAACUAAAUAUCCUCUUCCUGCCUAUAGUACGCUGACAAGGAGGCUACGUCAAUUUAAAUUAAAUUUUGGUAUAUUUAAUGAUUUACUUGAGCCACUUAAACAUAAAGUUUCUUGUAUGGAGGAGGGUGAUCGGUUUUGUGUUAUGUCAAUGGAUGAAAUGGAGAUAAAUCCCCAGUUAAGUUUUGACAAAAAUCGCAGUGAAAUGUUUGGGAAUGUAACUCUUGGAAAUUCAACCAAAAAAGGGAACAAAUUGUUGGUUGUUUUAAUAAGAGGUGUAAAACACACAUGGAAGCAGAUAAUAGGUGCUCAUGUAACUGAUGGUGCUGUAAAUAAAGAAUCAUUCAAAAAGUUCAUUUUUGAAUGCAUUGAUUUUGUUGAAAGUUGUGGUAUACAAGUUACAGCUUUGUCAUCCGAUAUGGGCAACUGCAAUAGAGCUCUAUGGACAGAAUUAGGCAUACAAAUAAAAAAAGAAGGUGUUAGAGAAAACAAGUUCUACCACAAUGGCCAUUACAUUUUUGUUACUCCCGAUGUGUGUCAUUUACUUAAAAAUUUGAAAAGUGCUACAUUAAAAGGUGAUAUUAUUUUACCUGUGACUUACUGUGAAAGUAAUAAUCUUAAAACUCAAAUUAUCAAAGGGUCUUAUAUUGCCAAGUUGUGGACUGAUGAAAUUAAUGCCGGAAAAGAACUUAGAAGUUUACACCACUUGAAUCGUAAUGAUAUAUAUCCUGAUAACUUUCAAAAAAUGAAUGUUGGAGCAGCUAUAAGAUUCUUUUCUUUGAAGACUGCUGUUGCUCUUGAGUUAGCUGUCAAAUUUGGAACGUUACCUCAAGAUGCUUUAACAACAGCCCACUUUAUACGACUCAUUUAUGAAUGGUUCACUUUAACAGCAUCAAAAGUGAGGAAAACAUCAAUUACCAAACACAACAAAGAACAGAAAUAUGAUUUUUUAGAAAAAAUUAUUGCACUAUUCGAAAAUAUAACUAUUGGGAAUAGUUGGAAGCCGUUGAAU